AGUCCUGUAGAUGACUUUGUAGCACUCGUAGAAAAAUAAUCGUAAGAAAUGAAUCUGAAGAUUUUCAUUUUCAUCUUUCUCAGCUCUGUUGGAAUUUGGGUUAUGUGUACAAAUGAUGCUAUACGUAAAACUCGUUUUCAUCUUCUAUUCGAUAAUAAUUUUACAAUAUCUGAAUAUGCAACGAUGAAGUUAGAUACUUUGGAAGAUUGCUUAAUUCUUUGCGUGGAAAAUAUUCCAAGGUAAUAAAACUUUACUCCCUUUAGAAUAAUAAUAAUAAUAACAAUAAGAAAGUUGAGUUUGAAUUCCUGAUUCAUGGGUAUUUUUAGAUGUAUGUCAAUUAAGUAUCGUUCGGAGCAGAGAGUAUGUCACUUUUUGAAUUUCGAGCUUUCUAUUCUUCCAGAAGAUUUAAAAGGGUUAUUUGACAAAAAGCAACUGCUGGCAGUUGUAGAGAAACCUGAAUUUGAAACAACAGUUAAUAUACCUAGUACUGUUACAAUUCCUACCACAAUUAAGGAAACAACUACUUCCGAAAUAACCACUACAGUUGAACAAACCACAACUAAAAUAUUAACAACACUUGAUGUGACAACUUCCAAGAUGACGACCCCUGAAGCAACUACAACACCAGACGAAACAACAACAGCUGAAGUAACUACUACAGCGCGAGUCACAACGCCUAAGGAAACUACUACUAUGGAAAUAACUACAACAGAAAAGCAAACAACCACAGCCGAAGAAACUACAACUCCUGAAGCAACUACAACCCCUGAAGUUACAACAACCCCGGAAGUUACUACAACCCCUGAAGUUACAACAACGCCUGAAGUUACAACAACCCCGGAAGUUACUACAACCCCGGAGAUCACAACUACGGUUGAAGAGACAACGACACCAUUAGCUACGACUACUGUUCAAGUCACAACAGUUAGGUCAACCGAAUAUGUUGUUUAUAUGAAUUCUUUUUCUCAUUCUCCAAUUUGUACUAUUGAUGAAAACAUAUAUCUGGACAGUCUACCCACGAUAGCCCAAUCUAGUACUGGCAAUAAUUUACCAACUGUUAUAGCUUAUUCGAAUGGAAAGCAGAGUAAGAUUUAUAAGAACUUUGAAAAUUUGACAUGUACAUUUAUUUUCAGAACUCUGUGCCAAAUCGAAAAGCAAAUGCAAAUCGUAUCCAUGGCCCUGCUGUACUGUAGGAAAACCAAACCCAUGUUUUAA